AUGCCUCAAGUAGAAAUAUUUGUUGGAAAUAUUCAUCGAGAUAUUUCAAAACAUGAUCUUGAAGAUAUCUUUGAAAAUUAUGGACGUGUAGUUAGAUGUGAACUCAAGCAAGGAGCAUCGAAUUUUGCUUCAAGUUAUGGAUUUCUUGAAUUCGAAACAAGUUCCGAUGCUGAAGCAGCUAUUAAAGGAGAAAAUGGACGUGAACAUCAAGGAAAAUCAUUUAUUGUUCAAUGGGCAAGAUCAACACGACGUGGACCAUCAAAUGGUUAUAGUGGUAAUAAUCGUAAUAAUUUGACAUGUUAUAAUUGUUCACGUCCUGGUCAUAUAUCUCGUAAUUGUCGAGAAAAUCGAGCUGAUGGUGACAAUCGUUAUAAUAAUCGUCGAACUACAAAUUACGAUCGUCGAGGUGAUCGUGGAGGAUAUCGACGACGUUCUCCAUCACGAUCACGAUCACGAUCACAUAGUCGAUCAUAA